AUGCCCAUCGCUAUAACGAUAAGGAUGUGUGGAGGCCGGAGCCGUGUCGUAUCUGUGUGUGUGACAGCGGGUCAGUUCUGUGUGAUGAGAUCAUCUGCGAGGAGAUCAGAGAGUGUGCCAACCCCAUCAUCCAACCUAGAGAGUGCUGCCCCAUCUGCCCUGCUGACGCCAGCGGCCCCACUGGUUGUAAUUUAUUUAUUCACACAAUCAUAAAUAAAUUACUGCGCCCUUUUAACAUGCCAACACUUUUGAAUUGGGAACUAAAUGGUAGUUCAUAUGUUAACUGGGGUUAACAGGUCCCCAGUGGCUUAUUGUACUGUUCAUGACUUUGGUGUGCAGACAUGAGUCUGGACAGGAGUCAGGACAGAUUUUGUGGCUCAUAAAUUGGUAUUAAAGGGAUUUAUAAGUAGCUAGGUGUGAUGUUCCCUAUUCAAAAGUGUUACCUUUUCCCCUGCUUGUUUUGGGUUGGAGACAAGACCUGCAACAUCCUCUGGAUUAUCCCUCUCUAUGGAUGUUCACUUCAUGAGGAGUUUAAUCCUACAGUUGUGGCAUCUGGCUUCCACUUAAAACAACAAGGGUCAAUAUUGAAAACGAGACACUUCUAAGUUUGCUUUAACUAGUGGAUAGUGGCUAAGAAGCUAUCCUGAGCAGCCAAUCACUGUGUCAUUUUGUCCAAUGGAAGCUAUUUUCCCACCACAUCAAAGCGAUCCUAUUGGGUGAAAUAAGACAAUGAUUGACAAGACAUGAUAGUCCCACCCACUUUGGGGUUCUGAAGUCUCAUUUCCUCCAUCACUGUGUAAUAAUUAACAUUUUGACUGCUUUUCCUUCUUUUUCAUCAUGUACUCCCAUCAUGUAUGGUUAUGAUCCUAUUUCCAGUGACAUACACAUGUGGGAGUCAUUAUUGUACUUCACUUUACCAGACUUGAACCAACCUACACUCUUAGAAAAAAGGGUUCUUCGGCUGUCCCGAUAGGAUAACCCCUUUUGGUUCCAGGUAGAACCCUCUGUGGGAAGGGUUCUACAUGGAACCCAAAAGGGUUCUACCUGGAACCAAAAGGGUUCUACAAAGGAUUCUCCUAUGGGGACAGCUGAAGAACCCUUUUAGGUUCUAGAUAGCAGCUUUCUUUCUAAGAGUGUACUCCCAGGCUCAACACAAAGUAGACAACAUAAGCAAAGAGAAGAGAGGCAAACAUAUGAUAAUAUAGAGUGCAAAUGUAAUAUUACUGUCAAGAUUCAAAUAUAUAUUCACUUUGAACAUAGAACAGUCAUAUUUGCUCAUCAAACAACACAAAUAAACCAAAGCUGCUUUCACAUUUCAAUCAUUGUCCAUGUUAUAUACAGUACCAGACAAAAGUUUGGACACACCUACUCUUUCCAGUGUUUUUCUUUAUUUUUACUAUUUUCUACAUUGUAGAAUAAUAAUGAAGACAUCAAAACUAUGAAAUAACACAUAUGGAAUCAUGGGGCGGCAGGUAGCUUAGUGGUUAAGAGCGUUGUGGCAGUAACCGAAAGGUCGCUGGUUCUAAUCCCCGAAAAAGUCUGUUGAUGUGCCCUUGAGCAAGGCACUUAACCCUAAUUGCUCCUGUAAGUCGCUCUGGAUAAGAGCGUCUGCUAAAUGACUCAAAUGUAAAUGUAGUAACCGAAAAAAGUGUUAAACAAAUCAAAAUAUAUUUGAGAUUCUUCAAAGUAGACACCCUUUGCCUUGAUUACAGCUUUGCACACUCCUGGCAUUCUCUCAACCAACUUCACCUGGAAUGCUUUUCCAACAGUCUUGAAGGAGUUCCCACAUAUGCUGACCACUUGUUGGCUGCUUUUCCUUCACUCUGCGGUCCAACUCAUCCCAAACCAUCUCAAUUGGGUGGAGGUCGGGUGAUUGUGGCGGCCAGGUCAUCUGAUGCAGCACUCCAUCACUCUCCUUGGUCAAAUAGCCCUUACACAGCUUGGAGGUGUGUUGGGUCAUUGUCCUGUUGAAAAACAAAUGAUAGUCCCACUAAGCACAAACUAGAUGGGAUGGCGUAUCGCUGCAGAAUGCUAUGGUAGCCAUGCUGGUUAAGUGUGCUUGAAUUCUAAAUAAAUCACAGACAGUGUCACCAGCAAAGCACCCCCACACCAUCACACCUCCUCCUCCAUGCUUCACGGUGGGAACCACACAUGCGGAGAUCAUCCGUUCACCUACUCUGCGUCUCACAAAGACACGGUGGUUGGAACCAAAAAUCUCCAAUUUGGACUCAGACCAAAGGACAGAUUUCCACCGGUCUAAUGUCCAUUGCUCGUGUUUCUUGGCCCAACUAGUCUCUUCUUCUGAUUGGUGUCCUUUAGUAGUGGUUUCUUUGCAGUAAUUUGACCAUGAAGGCCUGAUUCACGUAGUCUCCUCUGAACAGUUGAUGUUGAGAUGUGUCUGUUACUUGAACUCUGUGAAGCAUUUAUUUGGGCUGCAAUCUGAGGUGCAGUUAACUCGAAUGAACUUAUCCUCUGCAGCAGAGGUAACUCUGGGUCUUCCUUUCCUGUGGCGGUCCUCAUGAGAGCCAGUUUCUUCAUAGCGCUUGAUGGUUUUUGCUACCGCACUUGAAAAAACGUUUAAAGUUCUUGACAUUUUCCAUAUUGACUGACCUUCAUGUCUUAAAGUAAUGAAGGACUGUUGUUUCUCUUUGCUUAUUUGAGCUGUUCUUGCCAUAAUAUGGACUUGGUCUUUUACCAAAUAGGGCUAUCUUCUGUAUACCACCCCUACCUUGUCACAACACAACUGAUUGGCUCAAACGCAUGAAGAAGGAAAUAAAUUCCACAAAUUAACUUUUAACAAGGCACACCUGUUAAUUGAAAUGCAUUCCAGGUGACUACCUCAUGAAGCUGUUUGAGAGAAUGAGUGUGCAAAGCUGUCAUCAAGUCAAAGCGUGGCUACUUUGAAGAAUCUCAAAUCUCAAAUAUAUUUUGAUUUGUUUAACACUUUUUUUUGGUUACUACAUGAUUCCAUAUGUGUUAUUUCAUAGUUUUGAUGUCUUCACUAUUAUUCUACAAUGUAGAAAAUAGUAAAAAUAAUGAAAAACCCUGGAACGAGUAGGUGUGUCUAAACUUUUGAUUGGUACUGUAUAUUCUGAAACAUAACAUUUUCAUGCAUUUUGAAAAAUGUAGUAGUGUCUUUAAAAACUAAACAUUUCGAUGCGUCAUGUUUUUUCUGUUAAGUAGCCUAAACUUUAAUGACUUUUGAGGAGAUAUACAUUUUAGUUCUAACAAUCUAUCAUAAUAACCAUGUAAUGUGCCAUUUCAUAACAUGAUACGCUCCUCCCUAAAGCCAUUUAUUCAACGUGUUCUGUAGUUGGCUCCAAAAUAUGCUAUAUUGACACAGAAGAUUUGAUCCAAACAUCUGUCCCACCCCCAUGCUUUGCUUGCUUUUGGCCCCAUCCCCUCAACAUGGAACUAUAGCUAACCCUCAAACCCACUCUGGAUGGGUUGUCGGUGUCUUGGAGUAUGGAGUUUGGAGUAUGGAGUUUGGAGUAUGGUCUUUGGCUUCCAUUGGUUUCCACAGGUGUUCCUUUUAAUCUGGAGUGUUCAACCUCUGGAGAUUUGGCCCCCACACAGCUAUCAUCAGUCUGAAGUUCACCUUUUAAUGUUAUUUUCUUUCUCUCGUCCUCUUCACCCCGUAUGCAACAUCAGAGGCGGCGAUUGGUGCUAAGGUGAGACCAUGGGAAACGAUGAUAUGACGUACCACCCUGAAAGCUGUUGUGAAGGAAUAACAAUGACUGUGCAAAAUACAAGGAUAUUUUCUGUUGUUGGAUGAACAAUGUGUCAUUUAGACAAUAUUUAUCAGACUGUAUCACCCACGUGAUCAUCUAAACACUGUAUAUAAUCAUCCACACACUCAGGCUCUAAAAUACUUUAGACUUACAUGAUGUGAAUAUUAUGUGUCUUUAUACUGACAAAGUCUUCAUUAAGACCAAAUACUUUCAUUAAGACCACUGACCACCAUUAAGACCACUGACCACCAUUAAGACCAGAGACUUUCAUUAAGACCACCAUUAAGACCACUGACCACCAUUAAGACCACUGACCACCAUUAAGACCACUGACCACCAUUAAGACCACUGACCACUGACUUUCAUUUAUUCUAUUAGGGCCAGAAAGGGGAACCAGGCGAGAUUGCAGAUGUAAGUAUGCACACUCAGAUUUACUGUAUAGUCAAAUAAUUGCGCUAGUAUUCAGGGGACACAAAGGGGUUUAUUAUCUCAUGUAGUAAUUUCUUCUCAGUCUUAUUCAAGCAUACAGUAAAUUAUAAGCUGCUGUAUGCAAGGGCAUGCACUAUAGCGCACGCUCACAUAGAAAGAGAUCAGAAGAUUUGUUUGUCCAUCCAAUCAGAGUGAUAGAGGGAUUUUUGGUCAAUGAAGGCACUGAAGCUCCUUUUUAGGUACCCAUGCAUGCCAUUCCCCAGAAUUAGUGAACAAGAGACUAUGGCACGUCUACUUAGAAUGAUAACACCAUAACACGUUUUUACAAUAGCCUCACUUAGAACUCACAUACAUGCAGUAUAGCUAUCUAAGUCAGUCUUAAGUCAGUAUCAGGGUUGACUCUACUCAGCAUUUUUCGUCUUCUUCUUCUUCUUUUGGGGAAUCAUAUGAUUCCAAAAGAGCCAAAGCCUCCAGUUGAUAAGUGAUUAGCUACCAUGCUUUGAACUUGGUGGUUUUAGACCGAUUUUUUUUGUGCCUUCACUGACAACAUGGAAGGAAGCCUACAUUCCUAGGACAUAAUGGACCCAAACCAAUCCUCUCACAUUCAUUUAGUAACUUUUUUAUUCACUGAUAUGCUAGGCUUCUUGGAAAAUGAACAAACCCUGACAAGCAGAAUAUGUUUUUUCAGCUAAAGUAACUGUCAAUAGACUUCCUGGUAAAGUCUAGUUUGUGCUAUUUGUCCAUGGCCAUGUCCUGGAAUGUACUUCCCCAGCAUCUUAGCUAUUCAAAUCAGUGCAACCCUACACCGUAGCAAAGACAUCAGGCCUUUGAAAAGACUACUUUCUUCCCAAUAAGCAUUGAGAACUGAACAAGCUCUCCUUUCUGUUCUGUUGUCCAGGUUGUAGGACCAAAUGGACCAGCAGGCCCUAUGGUAAACAUAUUCUCAAAUAUUUAUUUGCUCAUUUGUUUUAUUAAUUAUAAUGACAGAAAUUCCAUGAGAUAUUAUUUGUGGUGUAUAUCUUGCCUUGCAGAAUAUCUUUGAUGAAUUCUGAUGUGCAUCUUGCCCCAGAACAUUAUCCUUGAUGAAGUACUCUGUUUGUCAAGCAUCUUGCUCAUCCUAAUAUGUUUGUUUGUGCAGGGCCCCUUAGGCGAGCAGGGACCACGUGGAGAAGCCGGAGCUAAGGGUGAUAAGGUAAGACAGUAAAUCCCAGUCACCUUUGUGCAGGUGAUGCUAAGGAAUAUGUCUGUGGUAUGGACUGAAAUAAAGGGCUAACCAUUCAACAUCUGUAAUUGCUGCCUAGUUUAUAAUGUAUGAGACUUUGAAUUUAGAUCCACGAUAGUAAGGUAUACAGUAUAUGCGGCCUUAUUGUGGAAAACCUCCCCCAAAUGGAGAAGACUCAACUUUAUAAAGACUAAAAUAGUACUAUAAGAUUCUAACAAAAUAGUGGCAAGCUCCCUGAAGCACCUUAAUACGUUCUGUGCAGUUAUUCUACCACAAGCCAGGCAAGUUAUGCAGCAAAUUGAAAGGUUAAUUGAUGUAUUACAGUUGAAUGAUUGGUUAAUUGGUUGAUUGUUUGGGUGAUGGACUGAUUUGUUGAUUGAUUGAUUGCGAACAGAAUUACAUUCAGUAAUACAGUCUCCUAAGGCAAACAACACCAUCAAAGCCAUGCAACAAUAUCAAUCACUCACCUUUCCCAAUAAAAGUUGAUAAUACUGAACAUGUUUAUGUAUUGAACCCAAUGUUGAAUGUGUUUGUCCCUCUCUCCUUUUCCCUAGGGAAAUGUUGGCCCCAGAGGCAGAGAUGGCGAGCCUGGCACCCCUGGGAACCCCGGACCCCCUGGCCCUCCCGGACCUAACGGACCCCCAGGUCUUGGUGGGGUAAGUGGUAGUAAUGUAAAAUGUAAUGGUAGAAAACAGGACAGUAGAGGACAGGACAGUAGAGUAGAUGAGAGAGGAUGUCACCGCCACACAUAAUCUCUUUUUAUGUCUUCGUGGUGCAGAGAAGCACUCCCUGUUGAUGCACCAGCAGUACAGUAUCGGUAUAUUAUCAUUGUCAGAUGUGUGUGUGUGUGUGUAUGUGUACUCGCACACACACACACCUGUGUGACAGAGACUAAGCCAUAAGCCUAUUUGUUAGUUAGUAGAAUAAGAAUAGAGAGAGAAGGACAGAUGACACAUUGGUAAGCUACUGUACCACAGUCAAUAUCACCAAUGUAAUCCCUUCUGACAACUGCUAAGUAAAUGUCCCACCAUAUUCUUUGUUUCCUCAGAGCAGUGGGGAGGUCAUAUAUCCUGUAUAGCAGAAAUAAAACUUGUGAAAGCUUUGGUGGACACCAGGGGGCAGUGCAUCUACUGUAGAUGCUAUCAAUACACUAACAACGUAUCUUUACCCGUGUUGUUUCUGCAGAACUUUGCUGCUCAGAUGGCUGGUGGAUUCGAUGAGAAAGCUGGAGGCGCACAGAUGGGAGUGAUGCAAGGACCUAUGGUAAGAGGACAAGAGAUGCUACUGUAA